UUGAUCCACGUCGAUCAUGUAUUCUCCUGACAGCAAAAAGCAAAAGAAGAUGUCUUCCCUCACGAUCUCUGCCGAAUGGGCUGCCCUGCAGCAACACUACCACUCCAAAGCAUCGGUCCUGCACAUGAGAGAGCUUUUUGAAUCGGAUCCCAAUCGGUUCGAGAAAUUCAGCAUGAAGCUAGACACACCUAAAGAUGGCAAGCUUUUGGUUGAUUUUUCAAAGAAUAUUGUUACUGAAGAAACUAUGAAGUUGCUGUUUGAUCUGGCCAGGUCCAGAGGAGUUGAAAGCAUGAGAGACAAGAUGUUCUCUGGAGAGAAAAUAAAUUUUACAGAGGAUAGAGCUGUCCUUCAUGUUGCUCUCCGAAAUCGCUCAAAUAAACCAAUUCUGGUUGAUGGGAAAGAUGUUAUGGGAGAUGUAAAUGGUGUACUACAGCACAUGCGAGAAUUUAGUGAGGCUGUAAGGAGUGGAACUUGGAAAGGCCACACGGGGAAGUCCAUUACUGAUGUUGUCAAUAUUGGGAUUGGAGGAUCAGAUCUGGGUCCAUUGAUGGUAACAGAAGCACUACAGCCAUUUGGACAAAAAGGAUUGAAUGUUCACUUUGUUUCCAAUAUUGACGGCACCCACAUCGCCAAGACACUGGCCAAACUGAACCCAGAAACUUCACUUUUCAUUAUUGCUUCCAAGACAUUUACUACCAUUGAGACCAUUACUAAUGCUACAACAGCAAAAACAUGGCUUUUAGAUGCAUUGAAAGAUAAAUCUGCAGUAAGCAAGCAUUUUGUUGCCCUGUCAACAAACGAGCAAAAAGUGACUGAUUUUGGGAUUGACAAGAAGAACAUGUUUGCCUUUUGGGAUUGGGUUGGUGGACGCUACUCACUUUGGUCAGCAAUUGGUUUAUCAAUAGCCAUCUAUAUUGGUAUGGAUAACUUUGAAGCUUUAUUGUCUGGUGCACAUGCAAUGGACAAUCACUUCUGCACUGCUCCAUUGGAAAAGAAUUUACCAGUUAUCCUGGCUGUGCUUGGCAUCUGGUACAACAACUUCUUUGGUACCCAAAGUCAUGGCCUGUUUCCUUAUGACCAGUAUAUGCAUCGUUUUGCUGCCUACUUUCAACAGGGUGACAUGGAGUCUAAUGGUAAAUACGUCACUCGGUUUGGCGAAGAGGUAGACUAUUCUACUGGACCGAUAGUCUGGGGAGAACCUGGUACAAAUGGACAGCAUGCUUUUUAUCAGCUCAUUCAUCAAGGUACGAAACUAAUCCCUGCUGAUUUUCUUGCUCCUGUCGAGACCCACAACCCAGUGGGAGAAGGUGUUCACCAUAAGAUCCUGUUGGCUAAUUUCUUAGCUCAAACCGAAGCCCUAAUGAAAGGAAAAACUUUAGAAGAGGCAAAGGCUGAAUUGGAGAAGGCUGGAGUCACUGGGGAGAAACUGGACAAAAUUGCACCACAUAAGGUCUUCAAGGGUAACAGGCCUACCAAUUCUAUCGUGUUUAAGAAGCUAUCUCCCUUUACUCUCGGGCUGCUCAUUGCUAUGUACGAGCACAAGAUCUUCACCCAGGGUGUCAUCUGGGGUAUUAACUCAUUUGACCAGUGGGGGGUUGAGCUUGGAAAGCAACUCGCUAAAGCAAUACAACCAGAACUAGAGGCUCCGGGACCUGUGACGUCACAUGACUGCUCCACCAAUGGUCUGAUCAACUUCAUCAAGGGCGAAGCUUGAAGGAAGUCGUGACUAAGAGACAUGAGAUUAGGUUGGUGACUAGGUGACAGACAGACAGACAGACAGACAGACAGACAUGAGAUUAGGUGGUGACUAGGUGACAGACAGACAAACAGGGGAAGACAGAAAGGGAGAAAAAGAGAGAGAGAUAAUUGUUAACGCCCACUCUAAGAACUGCUUAAUGUAAAAUCACUAGAGGAGACGUUAAAGUAAAAAAAAAUAAAAGCUUUAGUAGUACGAGCA